AUGCUGUCCCGGGGGAUCAAGUACAAACGGCUGGAUGACGUGGAGAUCAGCGAACCAGGACAAGAGUUGGUGGCGGUGCGCGUGGCGAUCCAUGGCAUGACAUGCCAGUCCUGCGUGCGCAGUAUCGAGGACUCCGUGCGCGGGCUGCCGGGGGUCGAGGACGUUAAGGUGGAACUGUCGGAGAACGCUGGCUACUUCCGCUAUGACCCUCACGUGUGCUCGGUGGAGGCAAUCCGCUCCCACAUAGAGGACAUGGGGUUCGAGACCCCCACCGACGUCGCCGACGACGAAACCAAAAAUCUCCUACCGAAAGAAAUCCCCACGGACAUGUUGAUCGACAUGUCGGGGCCUGCGGAAAGCGAGGUGCUACUGUCAGUCGUCGGCAUGACCUGUCAGUCCUGCGUCGACAGCAUUGAAGCGCGGCUGCGGGAGCUGGGCGGCGUGCGGAGCGCGCGCGUGCGGCUGGCGGAGGGCGAGGCGCGGGUGCGGGUGGCGCGGGGAGAGGUGGCGCCGCGACAGCUGGCCGACGCCGUCUACGAGCUGGGCUUCGACGUCGCAAUCCUCGCCGUCGAUGGCCAGCCCUAUUCAGAAUCUCUAUCACAGAAUAAAAACAAUCGUGACGCAGCCGGCGAUGGAAUCAAACCAAAUUCUCUUGCGAAGACACAACUUAAUGGCACGUGCGGCGUGGAGGCUGCGGCGAGCGCGCGCUGCACGCUGGAGCUGCGCGGCAUGACGUGCGCCUCGUGCGUCGCCGCCAUCGAGAAGCACUGCGCCAAGAUACGCGGCGUGCAGUCAGUGCUGAUAGCUUUGUUAGCCGCGAAGGCUGAAGUCCGGUACGAGCCCGACAAAGUAUCCGCGGCUGACAUCGCAGAAUCCAUCACGACGCUGGGCUUCCCUGCAGAGGUUCUCAGCGACGGUGACGAUUGUGGACAGAGGGAGCUCAUAUUGAAUAUAAAAGGCAUGACGUGUUCGUCGUGUGUGAGCAAGAUAGAAAAGACUGUACUUAAACUGAGCGGCGUCGCGAGCUGUUCGGUCGCGCUCGCCACCUCCAAAUGUAAAAUAAAAUACGACUCGGAAGUGAUCGGUCCACGAACUAUAUGCGAGGCGAUCAACAACUUAGGUUUUGAAGCCAGCGUGACCAGUUCACACAGCCGCGGCGCCAAUGGCUACCUCGAACACAAGGAAGAGAUAAGAAAAUGGCGGAACGCGUUCUUGGUGUCGCUGUUGUUCGGGGGCCCGUGCAUGGUGGCGAUGGCGUACUUCAUGGCGACCAUGGGGCAGCACAGCGCCAAGGACAUGUGCUGCGUGCUGCCCGGCCUCAGCCUCGAGAACCUGCUAAUGCUGCUGCUGGCUACACCCGUGCAGUUCAUAGGUGGAUGGCAUUUCUACAAGCAGGCGUACAAAGCUCUACGCCACGGAACACCUAACAUGGACGUCCUGAUCGCGAUGACGACGACUAUCAGUUAUGGUUACUCCCUGGCGGUGGUGAUAGCUUCGAUGGCGAUGCAAAAGGACACGAGUCCUCUGACAUUCUUCGACACGCCGCCCAUGUUACUGGUCUUCGUUUCACUGGGCAGGUGGUUAGAAAAUAUUGCAAAGGGUAAAACAUCAGAAGCACUGUCCAAGCUGCUGUCAUUAAAACCAACAGAGGCACUGCUGGUAACAGUCGACGACGACGGCAAUGAGAUCUCUGAGAAGAACAUUCCAGUCGAUUUGGUCGAAAGAGGGGAUAUUCUCAAAGUACUCCCUGGUGCCAAAAUCCCAGUAGACGGCAAAGUUAUAUCCGGACAGAGCACGUGCGAUGAGUCUCUCAUCACUGGAGAAUCUAUGCCCGUGCCCAAGAAUAAAGGGUCGCUGGUGAUCGGCGGCAGCGUGAACCAGCUGGGCGCGCUGGUGGUGCGCGCCACGCACACGGGCGAGGCCAGCACGCUGGCGCAGAUCGUGCGCCUCGUGGAGGACGCGCAGGCCAGCAAGGCGCCCGUGCAGCGCCUCGCGGACGCCAUCGCCGGGUACUUUGUCCCAAUGGUGGUAUCCCUUUCGCUAUUAACUCUGAUAUGCUGGACUAUCAGUGGUGCAUUGGACAUCAACAGGAUAAAAGCCAUUACUCCAGAGAUGUACCGCGAAGGCACGCGGUGGCAGCUGAUCCUGCAGACGGCGUUCCACUUCGCGCUGAGCGUGCUGGCCAUCGCGUGCCCGUGCGCGCUGGGGCUGGCCACGCCCACCGCAGUCAUGGUGGCCACCGGCGUCGGCGCCAAGCUCGGCCUGCUCAUCAAGGGCGCCGAGCCGCUGGAGAACGCGCACAAGGUUAAAACUGUGAUAUUCGACAAGACGGGCACAAUAACGCAGGGCAAAACGAGCGUGGCGAGAGUUUCACUGCUAACAGGCGAUGCCAAUAGCCUCCCCGACAUCCUGGCCUGCCUGCAUACCGCCGAGCUCAACUCUGAACAUCCAGUCGCUUCAGCGAUCGUGCGGUGGUGCAGCGUGGGGCUGGGCGGGGGCGGGGGCGGCGGCGCGGGCGGCGAGGUGCGCGCGGGCUCGUGCGUGGGCUUCGCGGCCGUGCCGGGCUGCGGCCUGCGCGCGCGCGUGCGGCUUCGCCCCGACCUCACCACCCCAACGCACUUGCGUGACGCCAUUAACGCCUCCAAGGCGGGCGCGGCGCUGGUGGUGGGCGGCGUGCCGGUGGAGCUGGUGGAGGCGCAGGGCGACGCCGCGCUCAGCUCCGCGCAGGCCGCCGCGCGCCUGCAAGCACUCAUUCUGCCGCCCGCCCAACACCAGCGGCCAAGGAGAUUGCCUGUAGCACGUGAAAAGGAAGUGCAAAAUAUGAUUGAGGGAAUGGUGAAGGAUGGUGUUAUUGAACCUUCAUCUAGUCCAUGGUGUUCACCUGUGGUGCUGGUAAAGAAGAAGGACGGCAGCAUGCGGUUUUGUGUUGACUACCGCCGCCUGAACGACGUUACGAAGAAGGACAGCUAUCCCUUGCCAAGAAUUGAUGACACGCUGGACAUGCUUACAGGCGUAAAGUGGUUUAGUACACUGGACCUGAAAAGUGACUACUGGCAGGUUGAAAUUGACCCUAAGGACAAGGAGAAAACUGCAUUCUCCACAGGAAAGGGUCUGUGA